AUGCCCUCCCCAGACAUCAACUCUCCCUCUUCCUCUAGAAUGCCUGAGCCGGACAUGUACGGCGACAUCAUCAGCCAUCCCAACUUGAACUUGGAACCCGCCGUCCAACAGGACUCGGGUCACCAUGAGAAUGUGCUCGUAGAGCUCGACAGGCAGCAGGCUCGCGACAAAACAGCAGGGAUAGCAGCCCAGGCUGACCAGCCAGCAGCAGAAGCACCACUCCAAGCCACGCCGCCAUCUCAAGUCAGCGUCGCCAUGGCCCCAAUGCCCCUGGGAACCCCUUUGCCCCCGGACCAUCCGUAUCGUCAGGCGGCACGCACCGAUUCCGUAGCCAAAGCCCGUGCCCGCGUUACAAUAGUAGAGGCGGAGCGAGAUCUCUACUAUGACGAGCCAAACAGCGACCACGGGUCUGAUGCGGAGUCUGGCACUGGGGAUAUGGAGUCGGACGAGGAAGCAGAGGUGCGGGAGUAUGCGAACGAAGAGGACGACGAAGAGGACGAGUACGAGGAUGACGACGAUGAAGAGGAUGACGAAGAGGAUGAUGAAGAGGACGACGAAGAGGACGACGAAGAGGACGACGAAGAGGACGACGACGAGGACGCCGACGAGGAAGGGGAAAGGGAGGCCCAUGAGACCAAGGUGACUCCACCAAGGCCAGCAGCAAGCAAGCCCAAGCCCAAACCGCUGGAUCUCGUCCAAUCCAACACACUCAGCCUUGACAAGAACGUCCGAUUCUUGCCGCCCCAGAAGUCCUCGCGUCCCUCCGAUGGCCCCCUGGUUCCGGCAAACACACCCACCAUCCAGCCAUCCACUCCCCGGCGGCCAGCCACGACAUCCCCGUCGCAGUUGCCGCGGGCCUCAAAGUCAGAUAUCGGACCCACCCCCCAGCGGCGCCACUCAGACCCCAGGGACUUUACGGCGCACUCAGACGAGGCAGGAGAGCAGGAAGGCCCCGAGCCCAGCGGCGGCCCCAGCCCGCGGGGCGCGCAUGGCGCCCCAGACACCUGGGACCAGGGCGACAUCGAUCCCGACGAAGAAGAUCCAGAGUACUUGCUGCAGCAACUGUACCCGCCGAACCCGUUCUUUCGUGACACCACCCUCAACCCGCCCAUCGAGGCCCGGGCGGCCACGAACCGGGCCAGCGCGCGCGUCUCGGUUGCGCCACGGAUCUCCGCCGCCGUGCUGACCCCGACCGAGGUGCUCCGUCUGCAGCAGGAGAACUUCCGCCUGGUCCGGCAGCGCGUCCACCGCCUGCAGAAUUGCCCCUUUGACGAGUGCGCCUUCACCAGCCCCAUGGACCUGCGCCAGGAGCAGUCCCGCUGGCGCAGACACUUCGAGGAGGAGCACUCCCUGCAAGCCGCCGACGUCCCGGAGACGACGCCCUCACCCGUCCACUGUCCGUACUGCAAGGCAGAUGUGGGUAUCGGGGCCAGGAGCGCCGUUGCCCACAUGAUCAAGUGUCCAAAGCUUCCCAGGCAGCCAACGCCCACUGAAGCGCGCGUAAACCCGUUCACAGGAGUCGUGGGAACAUCGGCCAGACGUGGCGUCGCGGACAAGGAUUCUCAGCCCUUGGAGACGGAGAUCAAUGAGUACCAGAAACGCCGGGAGAAGCAGUUGGCAGAUAUGCAGAAGCUGACUGAGGAGCAUAUACGGCUGCUUCAGGACGUGGCUAGACUCAGGAAUUCCAAGAGCCAGUGGGAGCAGGAGGUCGCCGCCGCCACUACACAAGCAGCAUCUGCGGAGGAGAUAGCAUCGUCGGCUGCGGGCCCAUCCAAGGCAUCCUCGAAGCGCAAGCACGAUAGCGGCAGGGCGCCGAAGUCGAGCCACAAGCGACAGCGCACCACUGGGGACGGGGCUUACAAGCCUAGCCAGCACAGCAACAACGAUGAGAGCGAUGACGAGGAGACAGAGAUCCCCGAGGCGCAGGCGCCAGGAAGCAGCAACAAGAAGGGCAAAGGCAAGGCCAAGAGCCUCGCCGACCCUUCCUACAGGCCCUCGGGCGACAGUGAAGACGAGGACGACCAUGAUCUGGACUCGCCUACGGAGGCUAGGCAGAAAAGUGCCACGCCAGCCACAAAGAAAGGGCCCCAUGGUGAGACGGCCGGCAAGAAGCGCAAGAGGGAGGAGCCCCCUCCCUCUGGGGCGCCAAAGACGAAGAAGCGUGCCGCCGCCGCCUCAUCGGUGAAGCCGCCCCCGCCGCCGCCCGCUGCGGCAAAGAAGUCUGCGGCCAAGAAAACUACUACUAAGGCGCCGGCCAAGAAGAAGACGCCACCGAAAGAGGAGCCUGCGAAAAAGGCGACUGCAAAGAAAGAGCCUGCGAAAAAGGCGCCUGCAAAGAAGGAACCCGCCAAGGACCCCCCAAAGUCACAAGAAGCAGCCGAGCCGCCCCGUACGGGUGUUCGUCAAUCGACGCGCGUUCGUAGGCCGGUUCGGCGAUUCGAUCAAGAAUAG